ACAAAGAAGCUAGUAAAGAAGUACAAGCAGCAGAAGAGACUAGUGAACCUGAUGCAAUCAAUGAAGCUAAAAUAUUAACAGAUAAGAAGAAACAAUUUGAUGAUUUGAAUAUGGAUAUUUUAUACAAUUGUCUACAAAAUAUUUUUACAGGUUCUGGGUAUAAACUAUUAAUUGAUAUUAUAGAUAUAGACAAUACUUCAAUAAAUAAUGAAAUUUUAAAAGAAUCAUCAACAUUUGAAGGUUUUGAUGGAUAG